AGUGCUAACGGCUACGCUAAUGCAUUACAGAGCGCAGUUGGAGUCUCUGGCUGAAUGUGUCAUCUCCAUCCCGGACACAAAUUUACACACUAUCGCCAUGCUACUGCAGCAGUGAACUGUCUCCACGGCAAUAAAAAGAAACGACUGCACAUCCUUCUGCUUAUCGGUGAAACUAGGCAGGUGUGAAUGACCGACGUGGUGCCUACCACUGCCCUCAGUGAAAUACAACUUCGCCUGCUCUGCCACGAUGACAUAGACAGAAUUAAAGUGCUCUGUGGAGAGUGGUUUCCCAUUGAGUAUCCAGACUCAUGGUACCAUGACAUCACAUCAAAUAAGAAGUUCUUCAGUCUGGCUGCCACCUUCAGAGAUGGAAUUGUGGGGAUGAUUGUGGCUGAAAUAAAAAGCAGAACGAAAGUACACAAAGAGGAUGGAGACAUUCUGGCCUCCAGCUUUCCUGUUGACACUCAGGUUGCGUACAUCCUGAGUUUAGGAGUCGUGAAGGAGUUUCGCAAACAUGGAAUAGGCUCUCUGUUGCUGGACAGUUUAAAGGAGCACAUCUCCACCACGGCGCAGGACCACUGUAAAGCCAUCUACCUGCAUGUGCUCACCACCAAUAACACUGCCAUUCACUUCUAUGAGAACAGAGACUUUAAACAGCACCACUAUUUACCGUAUUAUUACUCGAUACGAGGAGUGCUCAAAGAUGGCUUCACCUACGUCCUCUACAUCAAUGGCGGACAUCCUCCAUGGACUAUCUUUGAUUAUAUCCAUCAUAUAGGUUCGGCACUGGCCAGUCUGAGCCCCUGCUCUAUUCCUCAGAGAAUCUACAGGCAAGCACAGAAUCUCCUGCGCAGCUUUCUUCCAUGGUCAGGCAUCUCUUCCAAGAGCGGCAUUGAGUACAGCAGGACCAUGUGAUGAUGGUCAACUCAGAAUGAUGCAAGGUGGAGGAGUUUGAUUGUUUGGGUCCCAUCAGAUGCUGAAGAGGGCCAUGAAGACUGAAAUCUGUUCUCUCUGCUCUGGAGCAGUGUAUUAAACUUGUACAUUAUAUAAAUAUAUAUAUAUAUACAUAUAUAUAUACUUUAAUAUAUGCAUUGUCAUUAGUGCAUUGCCCUUUUAAUAUAAACUCUCCACUUCAUGCCUGUAAUUCUGCUGCUGUGUAGAAACAUUCUAUUCUUUAUCCAGAUUUUUAAUAUAAAUAGAUGUUUUUUUUUAUAUUUGUGGCCUGUUCUGUAGGUAAUUUUAGGGUUUGAUGGUAGAUGUAUGCAUACCUUUUCCAUAUAGUCACUUUCAUGCAUGUGUCAAGUGUUUGUGCUUGGCACAGAGCAUAUAUUUCAGCCCGCAGUUUUAAGUUUGGCAUUUUUAUUAACAUUUGCACAGAGGCAAUGAAUGUAGUGUUGCUAAAUUGAAGGAAAUGAAGGCCACCGUGACAAAACCCUCCACUUCGACAUAUGUGUGUGUUGUUUAUGUCAAACGCAAAUGUGAAGACUCUUUUUAAAAUUCAGAUGAUUUUGGAUCCUACAGCAUCGUAUCCUGCCAUUCCAUGCAGUGUACUUCCUGUUCUUUUAAAGGGGAAAUAAAUGAAUGUUGUGGGAGGGGAGAAAUGCUUGAAUUUCAGUAUGUUGAUGUGAAUCAGGGAUUUAUUUACAAAAUAAAUGUGUGAAAAAUGCUCCUGCGUUACACAACUUGCAGAAUCAAAGAUGAUUUUUUAUUUGUUUAAGUCUGACCGUGUGUUCAUGGGGUCUUUGAUGAAAUACUGGUGAAGGAAUGUUUCUGUUAUUAUACCAUAGCAACUGUACUGUCAUACUGUAUGUAAUUGUAAUUAAUGCAUUUGGGAAACGUGUUUGUUCCAUCUUCUGAUUUGUAAACAAAAUUCACUUUUAUUUUGCAUCAAAAACGCAUGAUUUAAGCAAGGUAUCAAUACAGAACCACUAUCACCUUGUGCUAUUGAGUGUAAGAUUGUGUGUAAAUCUCCCUCAGUUGUUUAGAUUUUCUUUAAAUGUUGCAUUCUUGUGAGUUGGUAUGUUGUUUUACAUUUAAUUGUGUAACAUUUUCAUUGUCUAGUAGGUAGUAAGGAUUGAAACAUGGGAUUUAUUUUUGAUUUUACAGUAAUAAUAAACUAUUAAAUACAUUGGAACUCCCAAGAGAAAAUGAAAGGAAUUUAGAUGACAUGAAAUACUGAGAUGUUUGUGCUAAUCUGAAUUUUACAGUACCCUCUAGCGUUCACAGAGAGUACACAAAUGUUUUGUGCACUGUAAAACCCAAAAAGUUAAGGUAACUCAAACCAUUUAAGUUCAGAAACUAAUCCCAAUGAGUACUGUGAAUUUAAUCCAUUUGAGUAAAUGAAGCAAUUUGAGUACAGUAAAACCCAAUAAAUGAAGAGGACUUAAACCAACUGAGUACUGAAAAACCAAAUAAGGCAACUCAAGCCAUCUGAGGAAACCGAUUGCAACAAACCAUGAGUUAAAAAACUAAUCUAAAUGAGUACUGUGAACUUCAUUAAAGUUGAGGUAAUGAGGUAUUUAAUUAACUCAUUACCUUCAACACUGAGUUCAAAACUCUUUUCAAAUGAGUAGAGUUAACUUUCAGUACAUUUUGAGUUAACUACUCUCAUUUCAUUUGAUAAAGUUGACUCGGGUUUUACAGUGUGUUGUUUCUUUUAGCGAUUUGCAUUGUCAUCGUCAGUCCUUUAUUUAUGAAUUGAUCCUUCAUGCAUUAUGAACAUUUUUGAAAUGACCUAUAGGUAAGAGAGAAAUAAAAUACAUAAAUGAAA